AUGAUAAAACCAAGGCCCAUCAUUCUAAUUUCGAUUGUCUGCUUACUAUAUUCCGUCCAGCCUGCAUAUUUCGCUCUCUACGAAUUCAUUUUAGAAAAUGACGAAGUUUUCGACGACUGUCCCCAAAUACCAGGCAAUCACGGAAUCCACGAUCUAUUUGACAUAACCAAUGUGACAUUGGCCUACAGUGAAGGUCAUGUCACCGUUAGUGGCUGGGGACCCUGUGCAUGGGAAGGUGUGGAACCCACCGAUCGCAUAGGUGGUAGAGCCGAACUAUUAAAAUACCAUCGCGGCACUUGGCAGCCAACACCAAUAUCGAUAGCUGUGCCUGAUUUUUGUGAAACAUUGUUCGAUCCAACAUCAAUGACAUAUCAAGUGUGGGGCCGCCACAUCCAUGAAAGUGAACGGAAAUGUAUUAACAACAACGGGCACAUCUACCACCAUGAACCCUUUGAGGUGGACACCGUGUUUCAGUUCCCCUGGAAUGUUGAGGAACGCCAUAAACUUGUUGUCAAAGGAACGGCCUACGACUUGUGGAAUCGGCCACGUCCCAAAGAAAUAUGUUUUCAAAUUUUUGGCGAAUUUAUUAAAGUGAAAUAA